CAGCGCUGUCAUUGUCAGUCGAUUGUCAUAGGCAUGUGGUGUUAUUUACAUUUUAUCAUAUCAGAAAGUAGUAUUAAUUAGUGAUUCUAGUGCGAAAAAUAAAGUAUUUAUUUGAAAAAUGAAAAGCAAACCAGUUAAACACAAAUCUACGAAUACUUUCAGGUUUAUACCAUUUGCCGAGAGAAUUAAUGCUAUAGAUAUCAGACAUGCUGCCUUGUAUCACAUUGAGCAUGCAUACACACAACAUCCAGAGGAGAAUGAUUCACAUUUUCAUUUAGCGAUACAGAAAUGGUAUGCUCUCAAUCUAACUGAAAAUUUCAAAAAGUUUAGAAAGGAAGUAUUUGGUAUUGUUACUGUCCCUCAGAUACUGCACAAGAAAGAUGAAGUAUUUGGUAUAUUAGAAAAAUAUUUGAAUCUAGAAGACCAGCUAUGUCUGCAACCUCUAUUGGAAAUACUUGUUUCAUUAGCUAAAGAUUUACGUGAUGAUUUCUACCCCCAAUUUCCAAAGUUCCUUGAUAUAUUGAUCAAGCUUCUUAAUACAAAAGAUGCAGAGAGACUAGAAUGGGCAUUAAUAUGUCUGGCAUUUCUAUUCAAGAUAUUGAAACCUUAUCUAAAGAAAGAUAUUGCUACUGUCUUAAAAAGAAUUAUACCCUUACUUAGUGAGGCACAUCCACAAUAUAUUAACAAUUUUGCAGCUGAAAGUUUUGCUUUUGUUGUGAGAGAUAUAAGAGAUAAAAAGAAAUUUAUAGAACUACUGCUGACAUAUCAGAAGACAAAUGAUGAUGCAGUUACAGGAUGUGGACACCUCAUAUUUGAAAUAAUCCGGGGAGUUAAUGGAAAAUUUCACAGUUGCAUUGACACAUUCUUGCCUCUUCUACUACAAACUCUAAAAAAUGACACAGUUCACCAAGACCUUCUGUUUAAAAUUCUAACACAAGCAAUUGAAGAUAGCUUGCAAAUAAUAUCACCUAAAGAAUAUGCAGGUUUUUGGAGCAACAUUUUUCAAUUCGUUGAAGAAAUUCUGAGUGACAAUACUGAAGAUAACAGAGGUUUAGAAUAUAUUCUGAGGCUUGCAGGUCAAGUCAUUGAACAUCAAAAUGGAAAAUAUUUAAUGAACCCACCACAAUUUGUUUUACUACUUGUCAAAGUUGUAUGUGAACAAUUAUCAGAGACUGUCUUGGAGGUUUGUGCUCAAAUAGGUGCAUUACUUCUCCUUUCGCCUAAUAUUUCAUUGUCCCAAGAACAUGCAGGCAUCAUUGUAAAAGUGUUGCUACCAUUGCCAUACCCAAACAUUUUAAUAAACUUUGUGAGAAAUAUUAUUGAAUAUCCCCAAUUUGACAUGCACAUUUUAACACCAUUCCUGAAUUUUGUUGUUCAGUCUGGGUUUGAAAAUGAAGCGAUGAGUACUUUAACAAAAAUAUGUUUGCACAAAUCACCAUUAUCAAUGAAUGGAAUAAAACUAUUUGAAUGGGUCAAAUAUCCAAUUGAUUUUGGGAGAGGCCUUCCUAAUUUUAUGGAACAUUGUCUUUUGGUAUUAAAUGAUGAUAUAGAAAAUAUUGUUGAGAAUCCCGCAAAAUUAAUGAAUGUAUUGUUUUGUUUACCUCAUAUUGAAAAUAUUGAUGUUGAUUACUGUAUAACAACACUAAGUCAGUUAAUAACAAAAUUUUUAAACAUUUUGAUUAGCUACAAUAUAGAAAGUCAACCUGAACAAAAUAAAUACCACUGUGAUAAUUCUGCUUUAUCAAAAUGUGCUAGACAUGUGUUGUUUAUAUUAGCAAAUGCUUUGGAAAGCUCAGUGCAUAUAUCCAGUUGUAAGAGAAUAAAAGAUAUAUGUGACAUUGAUGUACUUUUGCCAAUAAUAUUACCAUGUGCAACUGAUCCAAAUUAUUUGGCAGCAUUAAAUUUACUGGAUUUGUACCUGACUGCAUAUGAACAAGAAAAUGGGUUGACAUAUCCACAUCUCUCAUUAGUCAAUUCUUAUCUAAGCAACAAUGUUUCAUCUCCUUUUCAUGUUGUACGAUUGCUGACAACUCAUAUCUACAAACUUUUUGAAUCUGUACCAGAACUAGACAAGACUGUAGAAAUUGGUGGAACCAUUGAAAGAUUUUCAAUAUUCAGUCGGUGUUAUGAAGUGGAAUCAAUAAACCCUUCCAUACAAGAAUAUAAGUCACAAAUUAACAUGCUACAGAAAAUGGCAUUUAACACAACACAGUAUACACUCGCAAAAGAUACCGAUUAUCAUUUGUAUGCCUUAAAUUAUAUGCUAGGUGUUCUGUAUUUAAAUUUUAAACUGUUAUGGGAGCCUGUUUCCGAUUUCAUCGCGGGUUUCGGAAACGCUUUAUCUGCUGAUGAUUUUUGGCCUCCAUUUUAUAAAGUAUUGACCUCUUCUUUUGAAAAUGCAAAAAAAGAUUUGAAGAAAUUCCAAUUUGAAGAAGAACUUAAUACAUCUUACUAUUUACUAAAAGAAAUGUAUUCCCAUUACAAUAGUAUACCAGAAAGACCUGAUUUGUAUAAUUUUAGAUAUCUAAUACUCAAAAUCAUGACCAACUGUUCUCAAGUAUGUGAAGCUAAAAAUCGUGAUGUCGUAGUUCUAUUUCUAAAAUUUAUCGAAGAAGAGUACAAAGCAAAUGAUAAUUCUAAUGCUCUUAAAAUUGAUGUCGAAAUACGCAAAAAUAAAGUUACGGAUGUUGAUAAUGAAAUUAUUGAAACGAUAGAAAAUAAUGACGAGUUUAUUGAACCUAUAGAGGAUUCCAAAGACUCUCCAUCUGGUAAAGUAAUUUUCAAAACUUUGAUAGGUGUAAUGCAGGUUUUGGCACAAUUUAAAAAUCCAAGGGCUCUACACAAAGAAUCGGUGUUUUGGGAACUCUACAUGGAUUUCUUAAAACACAAAAAUGCUGGUCUACAGAAAUAUGCAUUGGAUUGUAUUUUAAAUUAUAAAAACAAAAGUGUCACACCAUAUAAAACUAAUUUAUAUAAUAUGGUUGAUGAGAAUAAAUUAAGGGAUGAAUUAACUAGGUUUAAAAUAACAGAAGACUCAAAUAACAUACAACCCGAUGAUAGAGUUCAUUUGGUCCCUAUAAUAUUAAGAAUUUUGUACGGAAAAAUGACUGCUAAAUUAGGCGCAGACAAAAAAGGUGGCGGUCAGGCGAGAAGGUCACUUGUGAUGAGAUAUUUAGCAGGUUGCAAUGAAAAUGAAGUUAAAAUGUUCAUAGAAAUGGCAUUUUCACAAUUUCGUAAUUGCAUGACUAUGCAGCCUAAAGAAAUACUUCAAGUCACUAAAGAGAAAUUGGAUUUGAAAUCCCUUAUUAGUCCUGGCAAACUACACAGUAUUUUGAACUUAUUUGAGAUAGUGAGAGAGUAUUUAGCAGGAUACAUGAAAGAAGAACUUUUGUCACAGUUCUUUAGGAUUUUCUACGCUGUCUGUUCUGUAAUAACAGCAGUUCUUUCACAGGAAAACAAAGUGCACAAAGGUUAUAUAAAAGUUUUUAAAAAUCUUCGAACUUUGUGCUUGAGUGUAUUAAGAAAACUAUUUGAACAGCUUCAUAUUUAUACGUGGGACAAAGAUGAACUUUAUAUCAUAUUUGACACUCUAAUAUGGCCAUUGCUACCAAAAUUACAAAUUGAAGGAAUUCAUAGUCCAACGGCACUGUUAAAAUUAAUUAAUACGUGGUGCCAAAAUCCACGAUACUACAUUUUGUUGAUAACAGUAUCUGAAACAGAUGACACAUUAACUGUUUUGCCAAACUUGUUUAAAUUACUUUUAGCACCCAAAACAAGCCCUGGUGUAGUAAAUUUGAUUUUAGAUAUGGUAGAAAAACUAUUGACAUUAACAGAAGAAAACGAUAGUGAAGGUAAUGAGUCCACACCCAUUGUUUCAUUUAACACUUUGCCAAUUGUUGGGAAUAAAAACAUUGAAGAUAUAAAAGAAAUAAAUUUUGGUAGCACAAUUUUGAUACCUCACAUUACAUCUAUACUCGAGGUAAUGAAGAGACGUAUUGCAAAUGCAGCUAAAUCAAAUACAGUUAAUAGAAGGGACUUACUAAUCCUUUCGAGAGUGACGGAAUUAGUUUCGACACCUGAAAUGUGUGAUGAACUGCUGAAUUUGCUUUUACCAAUUUUAGUAAAAAAAGUGUGUAUGAAUAUGGCUGAGGAAAAUAUGGAACAUGCUGUGACCACUAUAAUAAAUUUAUUAGGUCACAGUUCUAAUCCUCAAGCUUACAUAAAAAAUAUAGCAGUUCUAUUUAAUAAAGUAUCUCCUGUUGACGUUAGAAAACUUUUAAUUAAAUUACUUACAUCAAUAGCUGAAAAUGCAAAGGAAUGUAAAGAAAUGUUGACAAGAACAUCUGAAGUAAUCACUGAAAUGAACGCUUUCAAUAAAAGGUGGAUAGAACAACCAGAUUUUGAUCGAAGAUUAGGUGCCUAUAAACAAAUAUACCACUUAUCAGAUAAAAAUGAGAUCGAUUUUGAUCUUUCGAUCCUGAUAGUCAACAAUUGCUUUUAUUUUAUUCGAACAGAAAAAGAUAUAGGUUUGCGUGACUCUGCAGGAUUAUGUUUAAAGAGAAUAUUACCAAAGCUACUAUCAAAAUAUUGGUCUACAAACGAUGGUCAAUAUUUAGUUAGAGAUACUGUUUUAUCUCUAAUCUCUACUGGAAUCAGGGAUACUAAAAAUGAGAUUCACAGAAAUGAAAGUAUUGCUUUACUUGGAGAAUUAGCUAGGGAAGCUCCCGAAGCAGACGUAGUUUUAUCAGAUUUAGCUAAUAUAACAAACAAAGAGGAUAUGGAAGUAGAUUUCUUCGAAAAUAUGUGUCAUUUGCAAAUGCAUAGACGUGUUAGGGCGUUGUUAAAGUUCUGCAAAAUCGCGAAAAAGUUGAAUAAAUGUCCCACUCCAAGGACUCUUACAAAUUUCAUUUUACCAUUGGCAACCAUGUACCUUUGUGAUGACAAAUAUACAGAUAAGAAUUCUUUGAUUGAUGCAUGUAUUGAAGUGGUGUCGACUUGUUGCCGAUUAUUGCCAUGGUAUCAUUACGAGGUUAUUCUAAAGUCUUAUUUGAACAAAAUGCGUCACUCGACCGAACACCAAAAGCAACUGACACGUUUAUUAGUGGGAAUAUUGGACGCGUUUCAUUUCGAUUUUACUAAAGUAAAAAACAUUGAAUUACCAAAAGCUUUGAUAAGUAAUCUGGAAUUAGGAAAAAUUGAAAUUAAGGCUAAUCCUGGUUCAGAUCAAAAUGGAGAUAAUGAAAAACAGACAAAGGAAAAUAUAGUCGAAGAAGAAACAAAUGACAAAGAUGUCACUGAAGGUGAAACAGAAGAAAACCAGUUAGAUAAUGAAUUAAAUAUUGCCGAUAAGGAAGCAGACAACGAUGAUUCAUUAAAAGAAUCUAACAAUGGUCCAGCAUUUGAAAAGUUCACCAGCGUGUCGCCUUCAGUUGGUAAAAGGAUCAUUAAGUCCUUGUCAGCUGGACUUCUGCCACAGCUUAGCAGAACAAUUGGCAAAAUGACAGAUCACGAAGAGUCGCACAAAGUGAACCGUCGUUCUAAGGGUUUUGAACGUCAAGAAGAAGAUAUGCUUCGCGUACCGAUAGCUCUUGCUCUAGUAAAAUUGUUGCAAAAACUACCAGGUGAUCUACUUCGUUAUCAACUUCCAGGAAUAAUAAUAAAAUUAUGUUCAUUUUUAAAGUCGCCGUUGAAACAAGUGCGAAUUGCUGCAAGGGAUAUAGUAAAGAAAAUUAUGGUUACCGUCGGCACUUCAUACUUAGGAAUUUUACUACAACAUUUGACAUUGUUGUUAACAAGGGGAUUCCAAGUUCACGUACUAGUGGCUACAAUUCAUACUGUUCUUGAUGCUCUUAAAACUGAAUUUAAUCCAGAAGAUAUUAAUGAAAAUCUUGAUUAUAUACUCGAUGUUUGUGUUAAUGAUCUCUUUGGUGCACUCUCAGAAGAAAAGGAAGUUGAUAAAUUACAUUAUAAAACUCCAGAAGCAAAACCAAGCAAAAAGAGUUAUGUCACCCUUAUGAUAGUGUCUCAAAAUAUUACCGAAAAAUUUUUAGUUAACCUGCUACUGCCUUUCAAAGAAGUCUUACAAAAGCACCACUCUAAAAAGAUAGUGUUAAAAGUGCAGGAGGCCCUGAUGCACAUAUCUAGCGGACUAGUUACCAAUAAGUUCAUAGACAUAGAGUCUUUAUUUAUUUUCCUCCAUGGAAUAGCAUCUGAAAGUAUACCCGAAUUCGUUUUGGGUGCGCCCAAACGAGAAAUAACCCAGAAACAAAGAGAAAACAUGCUUAAGGCUAAACCGGAUUGCUAUAUCAUACCAGAAACUCCAAAGCGCAAUAGGGAAGCUCAAGCUAGAAAUGUGAAAAUUUCUGGCAAAGCUAACGCGCAUGUCUUUGUUGAAUUCAGUUUGAAUAUACUUUACGUUAUACUUAAAAGAGAAAAAGUUCCAAAAAUGGACUGUAGAGCGUUUGUUGAUCCACUCAUUCCGCUGUUGGUUGAUGCAUUAAAAAGUGAACAUGUUAAAGUGACUACAGUUGCAAUGAAAUGUAUAACAUCACUGUGGACUAUCAGAGUCAACACUCCUACUUUAGAAGAAAUGAUACAGGAUAUUGUGAAGACGAUUUUUUUGAUACUACACAAGUACGCUACAUUCGAAAUAAGUAAACAAAAUGACAAUUACCAUCUUGUCAGAAAUGCUUUCAAGGCUGUAACAGUUCUGAUACGGAAUGUUAAGUAUUACAAAUUGGAGGUAGAUCAAUUGAAAACCCUACUAUUGUAUGCUGAAGAAGAUUGCCAGAACGACGAAAGACAAUCUAAUUCGUUUUCAUUAUUAAAAGCCAUAUUGGAAGCUAAGUUGGUUUCGAAGGAGUUGCACGAGGUUAUGACUAAAGUUGCGAAAAUUUGCAUACAGAGCGAAUCCGCCAAAUCUAGGGAAGAAGCUCGCGUAAUAUACGUGACGUAUGUGACCAAUUAUUCGCUCGGCUCUGACAUACACAAGAGCAUUGAUUUCUUCGUGUCCCAGCUGAGAUACGAGAUGCAGCACGGUCGGGAGUCCACCCUCAAGUUUCUAGAGAUGAUCAUCAAUAAGUGCCCAGUGCAACAACUCACCAGCUUCAGUGACUACUUACUGUUCACUGUAGGCACAUCAAUGGUAAAUGACUCAGUGCCCGAGAUACGAGCGGCCGCCGCCGGCUGCAUAGAAUCCAUGCUCGAUAGAUUGCCGAUUGUGGCAAGGACAAAACUCUUCAAUCUGGUGCUGAUGUUCUUUCAAAAGACUCAGCCAUCCAACUUUGAACUCGCGGCACAACUGUGCAUAAGAUUCGUCAACGUCGAAAAAGACGAAUUCCAGCAACGAAUCUCGAAAGUACUAACAACGAUAAGCAACAAAAUACUUCUUUUGAGCAACGACAUUACUGCGGGUAGAUUCGUUAAGAUACAAACGGAGAGUGACAGCAUGACCGAUGAAGAGAAACAGCAGGAGAAGGACCACUGUUUGAUACAACUGCUCAACUUGAUUGACAAGAUCACUGUUCAUUGCCCGACUAGUUUGGGAAAUCACAAAUAUUUUGAAGAUUACGAUAGCAUAGGCCAACAAUGUCAAGUGUUAUUAGCGUAUCCACAUGCUUGGGUAAGAUUGCGAGCAGCAAAAAUAUUAGAUGCGUUAUUGUCCGCCGUUGAUCCAGUGGAAUUGGAGAAGGUCGCGUCUAAAACGUUGGAUAGCGAAAGGGGUUUCCUUUAUUGCGAUACGGAAGCGACUUUCAGGAGUCUGGUGCUAGAUUUGUGUGCCCAGUUCACGCCUUCAGUGACCAAGAAUAUGGUUGACCAGGUGACAUCAGUUCUAUUUCAAAUCAUGAAAUUGGUGCAUUCGAUGCCUUCCUUCAGUGUAACAUAUAAAACAGACAACAAACAGAUGGACAGCGAAGAGGCAGAGGGCAGGGCGAAGGUCAACAUACGAUGGAUAUUAUUUAAGCUCCGAAAGGCUAUUAACGUGGAAGUCGCUAAAGCACCGAAUUCUAUGACUAUUAGGACCUCAAUUUUCACUGCAUUAUUGCACACCAUCAGCUCGUUCGAACAGCAAGAUCUAAACCAAGUAAUAGACGUAAUCCUACCGCCAAUAGUUCGCGAACUAUCCGUAGGCGAUGUGGGGGCGCCAGCGUCGCCUGCCAAACAAUUAGCCAGCAGAUUGGGCAAGAAACUCAGAAGGAAGAUCGGCGAUAUAGAAUACAGCAAACUGGUUGCCGAAGUGCAAACUAAACUUAAUGUCAAGCGAGCUGAGAGGAAAAAGAUAUUACUACAAGAGAAAGUCAACAACCCUGAGAAAGCAGCAAAACGGAAGCUCCAGUUGAAGGAAAAGAAAAAACAAGCCAAGAAAAUGAAGUUGGAAAUGUUGCACGGCAAACGACCGCGCGCCAAGAAACGGAAAGCAGAAGACAUAGACAUCGAAGACCAACUAUUGAACGACAAUGAAGACUGAAAAACAGAAACAAACUUUUGUAUUUGUUGAAAAAAAUGUCGACUGGCAAUAGCUACCCUUCUUGAGUAUAAUAGCUGUUGUAACUAAUGCUAUAAAUGCGAAAGUGAGUUUGUUACGUUUGAUAGCGAGAAAUGUAUUUCUCGCAAAAAAAUAAUUUAAAAGGAGUGAAAUAGGAAGUGCACGUUUCAUUGGAAAACAACAUUUUUCACGCAAACGAAAUCGCAAAUUCGGGUGCCUGCGAUCCAUAUAUGGUUUGAUAGAAACCGCCUAGAGGCAUUUAGCUAUAGACUAUAGAUGCUUGCGAUAAUGCUAGGGUCCAAAUUGCGGGAAUUCAAUUAAACAUGAUGCGCCAUUAAUUCUUAAGCAACAAAGAUAUUGACAGCAUUUACUAUAAUCAAAUUAUAUACGUAUCGUCUCUGAGUGAAAUGGGUCUAUCAGUUUGUGGAUUUCUUACUGAAGGACACACACGUGCUUUUUCUAUGCGCCUUAAAACCCGUAAUUUGAAGCUCUUGACUGUAUUUUCAAAUCUGCGUCAAACGCUUUAGGUCCAAAUAGAGCAACGAGUGAUAAGAGGUCUCUACUAAAAAGCGGCCUUUUUAAACUUACUUUUUUUUUAUUUAUUCGUGGCCUGGAUACAGAGUCCUGCAGUCGAAUACAUUGUGGGUUAUUUUUAAACUUACCUGUUGGUAAAGUUGCUAGCUUCAUAUUGUAAGAAGUCUACUUUGGUAGCAUUGUCGAAUAGGUAUCCUCUGAUACUUACUCUUUAAAUUUCAUAGAAAUGAGAUUUGAAUAUAAUAUUUGUAAAUAAUAAUAGUAUCUAG